AAAGAAAAUUUAAAAUAUGUACUGAGCUCAGUUUUCGGAACUUAGUUGUGUUCACUCUAAAGUCAAUAUGAAGUUCUACUUGGUUCUCGUUUUGGCUUUGACUACUGCAGUUCUGGCAGAAGAGGACGAUGUUGAGAUCGCUCGCCAAGCUAUGGAAAACCCUGACCUCUUCGGUGGUGACAUGGACGGUGUCGAUCCAUACGAUCCAGAUAAAAAUGGUAUGAAAGAUGAAAGGUAUAGAUGGCCUGAAGGAAAAAUUCCUUACGAAAUUGAUUCUUCCUUAGAGGAACAUAAGGAUGUCCAUUCAAAAGGCAAUAAACCACUACCAUGCUACCACAUGUGUUCGCUUCAUCCCUCGGACAACAGAAAAGGACUACGUCAGAUUUUUCAAAGGACAAGGAUGCUACUCUCGCAUGGGAAGACAGGGAGGACCACAAGUAUUGUCUUUGGGUAGAGGUUGCCAUAGUGUAGGAGUGAUCGUUCACGAGAUGGGUCACGCUUUAGGAUUUUACCAUGAGCAGAACAGAUCAGAUAGAGAUGAAUACCUCAUAGUAUACCUCUAUAAUGUCAAAGACGGGAUGCAUUUUAAUUUUCAGAAACUGCACCCAUCUCAGAACAUACUCUAUAAUAAAUUCGACUAUGAUUCUAUUAUGAUCUACGGGAACACAGCUUUCUCUAAAGACGGAAAAUCGCCAACGAUGGUCGCAAGAAACGGUCAGAAGCUGCUUUAUGCGUGGGACAAAAGUGGGAUGAAUAAGUCCGACAUUGAACGUGUCAAGAUGAUGUACAAGUGUCCUUAAUCGUAAAUAAGCUAUUUUCAUGUAGUGUAAUGCGAAUGAAAAUGCAAUUUAACUGUGCUUUGUAAUAAUUUAAUGAAUACUAAUGUAACACAUGAUUUUAUGUAUUUAGCAUAAAAUUUCUUGUUAUAAUAAAAUUAAGUAUCAAAAUCCGGGUACCAUUAAAACUGA